AUACCCUAUGAUACCGGUAACUUAUCGACCGGUUGAUCUUAUCCACAGUCUAUCGUGCUGCGGUGUCCCAUUUGUGCUGUACUCGAGUACUUCUUACGGUAAUACAAUGUACCGGCAGCCGGGCUCAAUCAAACAUUAGUCUGCCCACCACAAACGGCAGAGCCUCUCACUCUCGUCACUCACUCCACCUGGAACACCCCGCAUAGAAGCGUCAUAUAAGAACCCCUCCUGCGGCUCACCGAAUAAUGAGUCAAGCCAAACUCACACUUCCACUGCUCCUAAGGCCGCGUCUUCUACUCUCCCCGGGAUAUUUCUCCCUACGGGCAUUAAUGGCCGGGACCCGCAUUCACUCCCCAUCCCCGCAGGGCAGAUCCGACCAGAAGCGCAGACGACUCAUCUCGAACACUACCGCCGCUACCACCACUACCACCGCAUCCUCUCCCACCCCAACAGGCGCCUCGCAGAAAUACAGCACAAUGGAAACUCCCGCUGCCCUUACCACCCCACCUACCCUGACCCUCUCGUCCGAGGAAGCCGCUGUGCGCAAACUCUUUAUCGACGCUGCGCAAGAAAUCGACAGAGACAGGCCCGGGGAUGACCGCCUGGUUUUACGCUUCACCGGCGGCUGGGUCCGCGACAAGCUCCUGGGUGCCCGAAGCGUGGACAUCGACGUGGGGAUAAACAAUAUGAGUGGGUACGAUUUUGCAACUCGACUGUCGGAGCACAUCAGUGCAAACAUGGAAAGGUACGGCUUUGAACCGCGCAGUGUGAACAAGGUCGAGAGCAAUCCCGAGAAGUCCAAGCAUUUGGAGACUGCUACUACGAAGGUUCUGGGAUUCGAUAUCGACUUUGUCAAUCUGAGGAGCGAGACUUAUCCCGGGGAUAGUCGGAUUCCCCAUAUGGUUUGCUGCACUCCACAUCCAGCUGUUUCAUGGGGGGAUGUUGACCUGAUUGCCUUAGGAAUUCGGAACCCCAGAAAAGGACGCCCUCCGACGUGACUGCACCAUCAACGCCCUCUUUUACAACCUACACACUGAGUUGGUAGAGGACUUCACGGGCCUUGGCCUGCAGGACCUAGCCGCCCGCUUAAUCCGCACCCCACUGCCCCCGAAAGAGACCUUCACCGAUGACCCCCUCCGCGUCCUCCGCUUAAUCCGCUUUUCCUCGCGCCUCGAAUUCACUAUAGCUCCUGAAGCCAAGGCCGCCAUGAAACUCCCGGAAAUCAAGGCAUGCAAUUUCCCUUCCCCCCAGUCACAGAUUAUCACUCACACCAACUAACCCUUCCCCGUGUUUUGCAGGCCGCCCUCAGAACAAAAAUCUCCCGCGAACGAGUCGGCAUCGAGAUUGAUAAGAUGUUCAAAGAGCGUGAUCCCCAUGCCUCCCUGAGCCUAAUCCACGAGUUGGGCCUCUACAACGAGAUAUUCGCCCCGCCAAACCAAGACUUCCCCCUCCUCCCCGUGCAGGACAUGAAGAUAGCCGCGGACGCCAUGCGCUACCUACUGUUCGGAUACAUGUCUUCAUACCCACGCAUUUCCAAGCUCCUGGCGACUAGUGGCGAGAGGUAUCUUGCCUGGAACAUCGCCGCCAUGAGCCCCUGGAAAAGCCAACCCGUGUUCCCAGCCGACAAGAAGAAGAACACGCCUGCCGCUGCCACAGCCAUAAAAGAGGGCUUGAGGUGCUCCAACAACAUCACUGGGACAAUAGCGAGAGCAUUCGCAAACCACGAUCUCAUCCAGAACAUAGUCGUCAGCUUGGAGCACUGGAGCAGAGGCAAAGCAGGCCUGGAAAUGCGCGAUUUGGGUGCCGACUGGAGGAAUCAGGUUGGCGCUUGCUUGAUGUUCGAGCUCAUGGACUUGAGGAAGAGGAACGCUGGUGGCGGUGGGGCGGAGGAAAGAGGAAUAAUGGACAAAUACGAAACCUUUCUGAAUGUGAUCGCGGAGAAAGGCUUGGAAGAGGCUUUCAAUUUUAAGAGUUUGUUGACUGUAUUACCCCUCACCCUCACCCUCCCUCCCUCUUUCUUCCCGCAAUAGCGGAAGAGUAACUAAUAGUCGGGGUGUUCAGGGCAAAGACAUAGCAGCAGAAUACGCCCUCGCCCCAGGACCCUGGGUGAGGUUUGCCAUUGUGGAAUCCCUUCAACAUCAACUCGAUAAUCCACACAAAGGCAAGGAUGAGCUAUUGCAGUGGGUUCGCGAGAACCGGGAAGCGGUUAUGGAUGGUCUGGAGUGCGUCGGUAUUGGCGAGGGGAAAAAGAAGUAAACGAGGUGAGAUGGGAGGAGGGAGAGGGAAAAUGUAAGGAUGUGCCAUGCUUUUGGUAUAUUAUGUACAAUAGAAACCGGAGGUUAUUAUACUACUACAAGCACCGGUAACGGUAGUAGUAGAGAGGGUCGAAGUUGAGCCAGCGGUAAGCAGCUUCACAAACCCCAUAUCCAUCCAACCACUAAAUCCGUCAGUCCAUCCGCUAUAUCACAUGAGGGUAGAGUAGAGUAGAAUAGAACAUUACAAAGGAAAAAAACGGAAAACAAAAACAAAAACAAAAACAAACAACCCCCCCCAAAUCACAAACAGACCGACGUUCCAAUACGAGCAAUGUAGGCAAAGCAAAAACAAUGCCAGUCCACGGAAACAGUACAGUAAGUACAGUACAGAACAGAACAGAACAGCAAUAGCAUUCACCAUCACCAACACCUUCGAAUUUCACACCGAGCCCACCCCACCUCUAAGUUGGCAAAUUCCCAGUUCCACUUUUCGCUUUUGUCUCUGUUUUCUCCUUCUUUCUCGAAAUUCCUGGAAAAACAAACCCCCUCCCUUCCCACGCACGGAGAAAACAAAAGGAAAGCCUGGCCCCCACCUCCGAGAGCAAAAAGGA